AUGGAUGAAGACCGAAGAAUCGACAGAACUGCAAAGAACACCUUGGCGAAGGCGCUAUACGAUAACAAAGCGGAGUGCUCAGAUGAGCUGGCCUUCCGCAAAGGAGACAUCCUGACGGUUCUGGACCAAAACGUCAUUGGCAGCGAGGGCUGGUGGAAAUGCUCCCUCCACGGCAGGCAGGGCUUGGCCCCCGCUAACCGCCUCCAGCUCCUCGCUGCCUCCCAGGCUGUCCUGCCGCCUCCUUCCACCCUGAGCGACUCCGCAGAGCCGCCAGCGGGCCAACAGAACAUCUACCAGGUUCCCUCCGUCCCCAAGCCGACCGUGCUGUCGUCUGCCUAUGAGAAGAUGGAGGGGUGGGUUAAAUCCCCAGCGAAGGUCCCUGCCCUGCCCGCCCAAGCAAUAUAUCAGGUACCUGCCUUGGCUGCACAGCUGCUCAGCGAAAGGACCCAAAGCUCAACGAACCAGCACCUGCUUACUCUCCCGAGAGCAUGCCGGGCUUCCGUCCCAAAUAUCAGGAGUGAAGUGUAUGAUGUUCCAUCCACACAGCGCCGGGAGGCCCUACUCACGCAGAGCGGUGCCACUCCGCCCACCGCACGAAAGGGCUCUGUGCCGCUCAGAUCCACCGAGGGUUUCCAGGAAGAGCAGAAGCAGCUUUACAAGAUCCCAUCCAGCCCAGAAAAGGCAGGAGCUGUUCUCCAGACAGACUCACCGGUGGGCCAGCUAUAUGAUGUCCCUCCCAAAAGAGAAACUGAUGGUUCAAAAAAUGAAUCUCAGAAAAAGUUCUGGGGCCAUUACAAUACCUUGCCAAAUCCUCGAAAGUCAGAAUGGAUUUAUGAUAUUCCAGUAUCACCUGAAAAACCAGGGUUAAAACAAAAGCCUUCUGGCCAUUCCAGGUUGAACGAGAACCAGGUGCUGUACGAUAUACCACCAGCCAGGUACAAGGGGCUAACAGCAAAUACCGAAGCCAAAGUUGUAAAUCCACAAUUAUAUGAUAUUCCACCAACACAACGGAAAUUGACAUUUCCAGAUAUCCACCUCUACGAUGUUCCAUCCUCACGGGACGUGCUCCUUUUGCCACAAAACGGUAGCUGUGAUGUAUCCCCAGCUCUCCCGGCUCCAAAGGCUGAGAAUCAGAUUUCUGAAGGGAACGUUUAUGAUAUUCCAAAAGGUUUGCCCACUGCUUCGCAGUCCAAGAAACAGAUGGAAAAAACCAGCGAUAGUUCUGGAGACGAAGCAUGCAGUGCUCCUCCACAGCUCUCAAGAGAUGCCAAAUUAGAACAAGACAGGUUUUCUGUUUCUAGUGUGGAGAGCAGAAGCAGCACGCUCUCUACGUCCUCAAACUCUUCUGCCGAGUCGUCUUCUACAUCAUCGUCAGAACAGCCUGCCAAAGCAAUUAGACUGGCCCUUGAUGUAGCCAUAGAGACCCUGACCAGAUUGCAGCACAGCGUAUCCAGCUCAGUUGCGAGUUUAAUGAUCUUUGUGAGUAGUAAGUGGAGAUUACAAGAGCACCUAGAGAAAAGCAUUGAAGAAAUCCAUAGAGCUGUUGAUCACAUAAAAGUGUCACUGGGGGAAUUUCUGGCCUUUGCUCAAGUCAUAAAGGUAAAUGCCUCUUACCUCACUGAUAACAACCUUCAGACCAGAAUUAAAAAACAGCUAGAAAUCCUUAUGAACUCAUUCAAAAUCUUAACAGAAACAAGAGAAGCUCUAAACAACUGCAACUGGUCACUAGAGGCUUUGGUCCUCAGGAAACCUCAGAACAACCCAGAUGAUCUUGAUCGCUUUGUUAUGGUAGCCCGCACAAUUCCAGAUGAUAUCAAGCGGUUUGCAUCCAUCAUCAUUGCCAACGGAAAGCUUCUCUUCAGAAAGCAUGAGAAGGAACAAGAAAUGAAGCAAUCAAAAGUGAACCCAGAAUACAAAAUGGCAAAACAAAUCACUGUGCCGAGAAGAAUAGAAAUAGAUUCACUUCAAAGAAAUACGCCUGACAAAUCCAACCAAAGUCAGGUCUCUUCUGAGAAACCAAAAGAGCAUGCCACUGAGGACUGUGACUACGUUCAGUUACAGGUUUUGCCAUCUGCAAGAAAGACUGCAAUUCAAAGCAAGCAGGACUCUGUAAAGAAGAUCGCUCUCCCAGAACACUGUAAGCUGUGUUUCAGUGCACUUCACAAGGCAAUCGGUGUAUUUACUAACAGUCUGAGCAACAACCAGCCACCUGAAGUCUUCAUAUCCCACAGCAAAUUGAUCAUCAUGGUGGGACAAAAGCUAGUGGAUUCUCUCUGCCAGGAAACUCAAGAAAGAGAUGCUCGGAACGACAUUCUCCACAGCAGCAGCCGGUUUUGCAGCCUCUUGAAGAAUCUCGCUGUUGCCACCAAAAAUGCUGCAAUACAAUAUCCAAACACAGGUGCCAUGAAGGAACUUCAGGAUCAAACCGAGGAGCUGUCGAAGUACACACAGCAGUUUAGAGCAAUGAUAGAAUGA